AUGAUUCUAAACUCCGAGCAGUUUGGUUAUUGUCCACGUUUAGUUGAUUAUUUGGUUUUUGUUGGCCGAGAAGCAAAUUCUGUAACCGAGAAUAUUUACUGUCAAACACCUAAAAUUUUGAAAUGUUAUCCAUUAAUUAAACACCAAGACUUCAUUUUGCCUAAUGAUGUGGUGUAUUUUUGUCAACCUGAAGGAUGCUUAUCUUCGUCUAUGAAUUCCACCAACUUGGGCACUACUACGUUCGUAUUCACACUGACAGACAAAGAUUCGCAGAAGACACGUUUCGGGAUUUGUUUGAAUUUUUUCAGACCAUGUCCUCUAUAUGGUGAAACAAAUAUGAACAAUGAAUUUAAAACUGAUCAGCUAUCUAAUUCAAUUCGUCAUAGGACAACAGAAAUCUUCCAAUCGUCCGAUAAUAAUAAACAAUCAAUACUGAUAUCUGUUUGUUUAAUCAGUCAUCAUCCAUUCUUUUCUAAAUUUCGACAAUGUUUAUAUUCAUUGAAAACUAUUAUUGAUAGAUGUGAUGAGUACUUUAAAAAGCUGUACUCUUCUGAAAAUAAGUUCUAUUCAUUCUGGUCAACUUUUUUGAAUGAUGGAUCGAUUGCACGUGAAAGUAUUGAUGAGUCGCAAAGUCAAGUUGUCUAUGAAAUUGAGUCUUGGAUUAUUCGCUUACUAAAUGCACCUGUUCCUAUCCCUGGGAAGACAUGUCUACAUUUAUCUAUUGGACCUGGAUCACUGUAUGAAAAGUUGAUCUUUGCUUUACCCGAUAAGACACGUUUAUCACUGAUUGAUUUCCCUUUGCAUUUACCAUUGGAAUUAUUGGGAAUGGAGACAUGCUUAAAAGUUCUAAGUGCUAUCAUGUUAGAACAAAAGGUUGUCUUACAAUCAAGAGAUUAUAAUGCCUUGACAAUGUCAGUAAUGGCGUUUACCGCUAUGCUAUAUCCGCUGCAAUAUAUGUUUCCUGCUAUACCAUUAUUACCGAAUACUUUAGAAGGAGGAGAGAAUUUGCUCCUUUCUCCAACUCCUUAUAUUAUUGGUAUACCAGCAAGCUUUUUAGGUGAAAAGAGUGAAUUUCGAUUUCCACCGGAUGUUUGGUUAGUAGAUUUAGAUACAAAUAAAAUGAUGGGUAGUUCACUUUUAGAAUCGAUACCUGAACUUCCAGAGAAAGAAGGACAAGAAUUACGAGAAAAUUUAAAUCAGGCUCUAGCAAGCAUGAGGAUGAACCAACCGUCGGUUGAUGUUUCCAGUGAAAUAGAAUCUAAUACUUUGUCAAAUUCUUUAAACAAUGUUGAUUCAGUUGAUGUAGCUACUCGAGUUGCAAUGGUACGAUUUUUUAAUUCACUGAAUGUACUUGGAAAUAUUACAGAACAUACACGAACAAUACGUUUAUUCCCUAGACCUGUAGUUGCAUUCCAACUAUUCUCGUUCUUAAAAUCACGUCAAGUACUAACACCAUUUACCAGGAAAUUAGCUCAAACACAAGCAGUUGAGUUUUUCGCUGAAUGGUGUUUAUAUCCAGAGAAUGAAGUAUUUCAAAGAAUUCAUGCUGGUAUACAUGAUCCUGAACAAAUUGGUGAUAAAGCCAUCUGGUAUCAGCGUAAUUUAGCACAAAUCACGUUUCAUAUAUGGUCUGAUGAACAAACAGAUCAGUAUAGAGCAUUAAAUUUUAUUCAUUCUAUUAAUUUGAAUGAUGAAAAUGUAAAUAAUUAUCAAAUGAUACAUAGGCAAUUCCCUAAACCUACUUCUGACAAAAUUUCUAAUCUCAACACCUUAUAUGAUCCACCGAAAAGUAUGGAAGAUCUGUUGAAAAAUGCAAUUCAACUAAAGAGAAUUGUACGUGAAAAUAAACCGAAACAACGACCUGAUGAACAGAUUUCACAAACUGAUUCGUUUGAUUCAUCUGGCUUCAAGCAACAACAACAGCAACUACAAAAUCAACAAUAUUCAAUAAAUUCUACUGAUAAUGAAGAGAGUAGUCGGUUGGAAAUGCUUGAAAAAAGAAAGCUUCCUGGGCCAAUGUAUACAAUGCCAUCAAUGGCUGAAUCAAGUAGUGAUUCGUCUGAUGAUCAAGAUGAUUCAGAUAUUUGGGAUUUAAAGACUUCCACAGAUAAUAUAAAAAUUAAUGAGGAGCUGGAUACAACUGAUCCCACGUAUACAACUUCGUUAAAGGAUAAUUCGAUAAAUGAAACGAUAAGACAAAAUUGUGUUGAAAAUACUAAUAGUGAACAUUUAUCGCCGAAUAAUACUUCAAAUACAGUUAUUAUACGUAAACCUUCACUACGUAAAACUUCAGACAAACAACAAUCGGACAGUACUCAUGAAGGCAAUAAACGAUCAGUACAUUAUAAAGAAGAACCAUUAGAGAUAAUGAUAAAUAGAAGUGAAAGUAAUGAAUCUAAAGGACUAGGAGAUGAUGGAGAAGAACAGGUAGGAAGCGUUAGAAACCAUGUUACAGAAGGUGUAGACGACAAUAUGGACGACGACGACGACGAUGAUGAUGAUGAUAUGGAACAAACAUCUGUGGGGAAGUAUUUAUUCAAUAAUCUAAGCGAUAAUUUAGCUGAUGCUGCUAGUCAUGCUUCUACCACUCUGUCAGGUUUAUUAAAUAAACAAAAGAAAAUUGUUAGUAAAUCAGGUAAUAUAAUGAAGAAAAUGGCCACAGAAAUAAAGUCAAGUGUUAAGCAAGACGUGGCGAGAAUAAAUAACACGAAUAAUAAUGAUAAUACUAAUAAGCUAAGUGAUACAGAUAAAUCCACCGAAAUGAAUCGUCGAAAAUCUGAUGUUGAUCUUAUUCAAUCUGCAUCGAAAUUUGUUUUAAAUCUACCUAAGAAGCAGAUUUUUCAUUUUGGGACUGGUAAAUUUAAACAGAAUGAUGAGCAUUCAGGAUUGAAUCGAGAAGAUAAUCAUACUAAUGAGAAUAGGAUUAACUCAAAGGAAGGUGUAAAUUCAAAUCUUGUUAAUCUACAAAAAAGUUAUGCAGAUCAAGAAUUUCUUCGUGAUCUAGUCCAAUGUAUACAUGAAAGACAAACUGGUAUUACAACAAAAUUCUCAGUGAAUCGUCUUAAAGAAUUAUUGAACGACGAAAAUUAUCGUAAUUAUUUAAUGUCAAAAUUAAAUCGUGGACUAUUAAAAGCAUUUGAAAAUCCUGAAGAAUGUAUUCCAGAUGUUCCUAUUGUUAGUAUGGAUGAAUAUAAAACGUAUAUCUGGUUAAUUCAGUGUAUGAUACGUGGUCUUGAACAAACGUGUACAAAUCAUGGAAUUGGAGGAUUGGCUAGUGCUAUGAUGCUGCUUGAACUCUGUCAUACGCAUUAUCUAGAUACGAGUAGCAGUACAGUUUCACCAAAUAGAUUACAAAAACCUCAAAAUUCAACAACCGAACCACAACGUGAUGACGAAAAUCUAGUCAGUGCAUUGACUGGUUGGUUAAGAACAACUACAAAAGACCUGAAAAAAGUCGCUAAACCCAAUAUGGUUACAGGUUUAUUCGGUCGAUCUACACAGUCAGAAAAUGUGACCAGUCAUAAUCAGACAUCAACUGAUUCAUAUAGAAAAGAGCCACAACAGUUACAACAGAUAAAUACUUCGGGGACAUCAGAGCCAAAUACACCUGACCACUUAAAUGUUGUAAAUAAAGUUAGAAGGAAGAAAUGUAAACAUGCUAGUGCAUAUCGAUUUACUAAUGGUGCUUUAAUUGAUCCUAAUCUUGAAGUGGGUGGUGGUUGUAGUGGUGAUGGUGUUGCAUUUAAUGAAAGUACUACUACAACUACUCCUACUUCUACCGCUGACAAAAUCAAUACUUCAGAGCAAUGCUAUAAUCGUCUUUACUUAUAUGAAAGUUUAAUCAAUGAAAAUGAACGUUCACGUCUAUGGGAUCAUAAACAAUUUUGGGAGGAUACAUUUUUUGAUAUAGUUGCUCAAGAAAGAGAUAUAUUAGGUAUGGAUCAAUCACCUAUGGAAAUGAUUGAACAAUUCGCUGUCAUGAAUCCAACACAGAAACGUAUCCUCCUGUUAAAAGAAGAUCGUCUGCUAGCCUUAUGCUUAUAUAAUCUUAUAGCCUAUAUGAUUUUAAUGCGUGUAGAUAAAGGCGUAUUAGUUAAUCAUGUUCGCCGAUUAUUGGCACGAUGUCGUAUUGGUUCAUAUUUUGCAUCGAUUGUUAGUCAUUUAUUAGAUAAUUUAAAAUAUUUGGAAGGCAAUUCAAUUGAUCUACUGCCUUCAUUGACAAGAUUAAAAGUAUUUCAGUCGUAUGAAAUUCAAGCGAUAAAUCCACCAUGUAAAGAGACAAGAAUUAUGGAGAUUUAUGGAAAGUGUUUAAUAAUUCGUAAUUUAAUGGGUGAAGUUGUCAAAAAGUUAAACAAUGAUCAAAUAACCGAUUUGUCAUUGGAUAACUCAACUGUCUCGUUAACAUUUAUUGAAAACACAGAUUGCCGUGAAGUUUCCUCAUUUCAAUUCCAUUGUGAUAAGGCGAAACAAAUAUGUCAUGCAUUACAAUUAUUAAUUCAAAAGGCGACCUCAACUGAAAAUCUACACUAG